AUCAUAUCAGUAAGAUUUUGAUGACUAUAUAAACCAGACGACCAUUUAGCGCCGAUCAGUCCUGAAUGACUAGUUUGUUGAUUUGUUUGUAAAAAAUACAUAAACCUUUCUUGUAAUCAUGAAUGUAAAAUUUGUUUUUUGUGUUGCUGUUCUUUUAGUUGGACAAGCAAUGUCUGCUUCUUUGUUCGACGGAGAUGAAUUGAAAAGAAUUGCCGAACAAUUUUCACAAUCUGCGUCCUCUAUUUCACAACAUUUUAAAGAAUUUAUUGGUGUUACACCAAAUUCUGACGCUCAAAAAACAAUUGAGAGAUAUAGAGCAUACUUCAUUAAAGGAAUUUCUGAUAUUGAAAAUGAAUCUGUCAAGUUGGGAGAGCUUAUGCAAAAAUAUUCUGAUCCAAAACUCGUUGAAAAAUUUAAUCAAUACGAAAAAGACAUGAAAAAGUUCGCAUUAGAUGCUAAGCAAUAUUUUGAUGAUAAAGUAGGAAAACCAAUUAAUGAUAAAUAUAAGGAUGAUAUAAAAAAAAUAACAGAACAAUUCAUCAAGUAUACCAAAGAAGUCGAAGGUUCCGUCAAUAAACUCAUUGAUAAUACCAAGAAAUACUGAUUAAUAAGCCGGUAAAUGUUCUCCAAAUUCCGUAUUGUAAUUUUAUUUUAUUUUAUUUUUUUUUUUUUGAGACAAAAAUUUUGUAUCUAUAUCUAUAUCUAUAUAUAUAUAUGUUAUGAAAUUAAAAUAAAUCCUAUAUUGUAAAGACUUUAA